AUGUUUGCUUCCUGGACCACUAUUUCGAGCUCAAUUCAACCUCCAUGGUCAGGAAAGCAUGUCAUGCACUGCAGGAGAUGUUCCAAGUCACAGCAUGCCCAACCACAGUUAGUGAAAAAACCGAAGCUACUCAAGAGACAUUACAAAGCCCAUCACAAAUUUGCUAAUGAGCACAAGGACAUGACUGUUGAGGAUUGGAAGAAUGUGGUAUGGUCUGAUGAGAUGAAUAUCAACUUCUUUGGACUGGAUGGUAAGCAGUUCUGUUGGAUUAAGAAUGCUGGCUUCAACAGCAAGCUGGUCAGGCUGAUGGUCAAGUUUGGCAGCAGCCCCAUCAUGAUCUGGGGCUGUAUGACAUGGGAAGGGACCAAUACAUUGAUUACCUUGAAUGACAAGCUUGUGAAAACAAUCUCAGAUUUACAGCUUCAGCAUGCAUACACUGACAUCAUGUUUCAGCAAGACAAUGACCCAAAACACAUGUCAAAGAAGACAACAAUGUUGUUGGAAAGCAAUAGCAUUAAGGUUAUGCAAUGGCCAGCACAGUCACCAGACUUAAACCCAAUUGAACACCUCUGGCACCAUCUCAAAAUGCAACUUUCACAGUAUAGUACAAUUGCAAAGUCCAGGGAUGAACUGCUCAAGAGAUGCAAAGCUGAAUGGACAGCAAUCACUCCAGAGACAUGUAGGACCCUAAUAGAGAGUAUGCCAGACUGCAUCAAGGCAGUUCUUAAGGCCAAAGGAGGGAAUACAAAGUACUAA